AUGGCAGAAGAAUCCAUCAACAUCGACAGUAUACUCGCUGCCGUACCCCACCUGAGCCGUGGACCCGGUGGUGUCGUUGCCGUGGUCAAAGAUGGUGCAUUGCUCGGCCAUCGCGCUUGGGGAUAUGCUGACCUCGACCGUCGCAUCCCAAUGACGACCGAGACGCAAUUUCCCAUCUGCUCAAUCUCAAAGCAAAUGGUUUGCUUAGCCAUGGAGUCGCUGUUACGUGAUCCUACGCCUAUGAUGGCCGAGCGCAAUUGCGAUGCUGCCAAACAAUUUGAAGAUGAACUUCAGAAGUUGCUGCCUAAUCUCAAGUGUGGUGGUGAAGACGGCGUCAAAGUCGCCGAUCUGUACAAUAUGCAGUCGGGCAUACGCGACUAUUGGGCGCUGUAA